AUGGACGUGCAUGUGCUUCAGGCCAACGGCGGGAACCUUCCCUCGAUCAUCUCCCUCGCCGUGCACGCCGCAUUGAAGAAGAUCAAACUUCCGUGUGUUACGUUGUAUGAGACAUCAGGUGGGGUUUCACUCGAAGUGGACCCAAGGAAGGCGUUUGGCAAACCCGUGGAUUGGUCCCGACUUCCGGUUCUUGCCGUGAUGCUGGUAUCGCCCACGCGGCACUACGUCGUGGACCCGACGCUGCCGGAGGAGCUCGCCCUGCCGCAGCAGCUGCACGUGGCGGUAAACGCGGCGGGGCAGGUGUGCCACACACGUUUCCAGCAGCUCCCCUCGCGCCGAGGUAAUGUGUGGCGGUUGGGUGGGCAGCAACAGCAGCCGCCUAGCGGCAUGAAUAUGCCGGACUUCGCCGCCAUGCUGCACGACGCGCCGUACAUUUGCCAGGCGAUGAUCUCUGAGUGCGACGAGGCCCUUCAGAAAGGCGAGUAA